CCCCCCCCCCCCCCCCCCCGAUUCCUGGACGCGUCCGAAGGAGCCGUCUCCCGAGGCUGUUGCGCAUUGGGAGGAGUCGGCCGGUGAUCGCGUCGCUCGCCCGACCAGCCUGCGCUAUAAGCACCCACGCAGUCCGCGAACCGCCUACGGGAUUGUCCACCUCGCCCAUUUCCAACUUCACAUUCAAUCGGGUCCUCUAAAUUUCCCUUCGUUCGCCCUACCCCAGUCAUCCGAGGUCCUUCCGCUAGUCCAUCUCCUCUCGCAUCACCACGUCAUCCUCUUGCUUAUCCAUCCGCCUUGUAUAAAAAGCGAACCGUGGGUGCCUCGUCACCUGUCUCCGUCUAAUACCGAGUUUGUUUUGGUCGACCGCUUGAGCCACACCACCUCGUCUAACCCGACUACUCCGCAUCCGCCUCCAUCAUCCGGCAUAAUGAUGGGGAACGCGCCUACAGAGAACGAGCAGGUCCCUCCUGCGGCCAUGCAGCAGAACGAAGAGGAGGCCCCCAUAGUCGCAGAAUCGAAGGUCCCGACUCGUAAAGAUAUCUCGUUGAAGGAGUUCCUAACUAAGAUGGAUGACUACGCACCUAUCAUCCCCGAUGCGGUCACUAACUACUACAUGACUAAGGCCGGCCUCCCGCCCCCUCCGCAUACGGAUCCGCGCCUCGCGCGCCUCAUCGCUCUGGCCGUGCAGAAAUUCGUCGCCGACAUCGCCGCCGACGCCUACCAAUACAGCCGCAUCCGCGCGUCCAACACCAGCGCCAACAACCCGAUGGGUAACCUCGGCGCCGCUGCGGGACUCCAGAUCCCCGGCCAGGCGCAGUCCGGCUCCAAGGACCAGGGACGCGGCGGGCCCCUGGGCAUACAGCGGGCCGGUUACGGUGGCGGCGGCCAGGGCGGCAGCCAGAACCGGACCGUCCUGACCAUGGAAGACCUGGGCAUGGCCGUGGGUGAGUACGGCGUGAACGUUAAGCGCAGCGAGUUCUACCGAUGAAGCGUGCCUGAGCCGUCGGAGGGUGACAGUGCAACGGGGCAGACGAGAGAGGACAUAUCUCUGCAUUUGUGCCGGGUAUAGCAGCGGCACUACACACAUCACCGGCGGGCUAGUAAAAGAUCCUGCCGGCCGGGAGGGUAAUAGCGGUUCAAAUUCAAGGAAAAGGAGUAUCGGCGUUAGGGAGAGGGGGACUUGUACGCUUAUGGAGGCCUGUAUUGCCACGCAUGGAUUGGUACGUUUAGAUAUGCACUGAAAGGCCAUCUCUGCAGUAUAGCGUAGAGUACCACUGGCUGCGGGUGGUUCGCUUCUGUCCCGUGCUGGAUAGACGGUAUUCGAGAAAUAGUUUUGACCUCGGUGGAAUUGCGCUGUCUCUUUUUUUCUUCUCUAAGCCACAUCGCAACGCGCAUUGUGUAUGCAUCUCGUCCCGUUCUUCCCAUCACCUAGAACGCCCGAGGCGUGUCCGCAUCGCGUCUCGUCUCGUCUCGACUCGUCAUCGGAUCGUCUACUGCUUCGCCCAGACGAACGGUUUUCUCGUCCUAUGCGAGGUAAUGCGGUUAGAGGAAGCGAGCCCGUACAUGCGCGUGCGGGUUUCCCUAUUUAAAGUACGCGUGCGUAGUGGCCGAGGGGAAGGGGGAAGGGCAGGCUUGACGUACGGGGCGAACUCUCCGAGCUUGU